UGUAGUUGCGGUUUCGAAUUGUGUAUAUGGUUUAGGUUUCUGUUUAGGAAUCAGAUACCUGAAUCAUCAAGAACUACGAUUCUAGAGAAUUCGCCGGAGAACACACCUUCAUUACUUCCUUCCUUCCUGAAUCAUCAUAUUUGAUUACUGUAAUUUCCACGCUGAAAUGUAAUACGUAUAAGUAUAUGAAUUCAAUGUACGAAAUUAGAAAAUCAUCUCCGAGAAAGAAAUUAUUGUUUAAAUCAGUGGCAAAUUUUAUUGAAACGUUGAGAAAUUCAAAUGAUAAUUGGAAAAGUAUUACUUUAAUAGUUUGAAAUCUUCAAUAUUAAAGAAUUUGAAACUCUUUUUCUUUGCAGGUUCAAAGAAGAAAUUUUAAAAAUGGCAGAAACAAGUGGUCUCCGACAGUUUCUGAUUUUACUGUAUAAAGGAUUUCUUCUCCGAAAGCGUCAUUAUAUUAUCACUUUCUUUGAAAUUGUGAUUCCUAUCUUUAUUGCAACAAUACCAUGCAUAAUAUUAUCAGAAACAUCCACUGAAUACGAUGUCGAAUUUUAUCAGAGUUCUGAAAAUUUAAAUGAAGAACCUCUUUGGUUUAACUAUUCAACUUAUCUUCCAUUUGAUCCAUUUUACUACAAACCACCUGCAGGUUCUUUAGAACUUGUUUAUACACCUUCAAAUACCAUAACAGAACAAUUUAUGAAUGAUUCAGCCAAGAUGUUUCUAAAAAACACUCUUUAUGAGGGCACAAUAGAAUUGAGAGGCAUGAAAACUGAAAAAGAAUUGGAGAGCUACUGUGUAUAUGAGCUACAGAAGACACGUGGUGCUCAACGAAUGAUUGGAACUGUUUUUAAUGAUUUUGGAGAUAAACUACCAGGCUCUUUAAAUUACAAAAUUCGUUAUGGUGCUCAAAUGUAUGGACCUUCAUCUUAUAUUCCAUUGAAGUAUCAAGUAAAUGGACCACAUGUAAACAAUGAUUAUUCUAGGUCUUUCUUUCUGUCUUGGCAAGCAUCUGUCGAAGAGACAUUUAUUCUAAAGAAAGCAGAGGAGCAAGGCAAAAACGUUAACUACAAAGUAUGGAUGCAGCAGUUUCCAUAUCCAGUGCACAGAAAUACUAACUCGAAAUUUUCUAUAGUUAAUAUUAUUCCUUGGUUUUUGUGUUAUGGGUAUUUGGUUUUCAUCAUCAAUAUUGUGAGAAGAGUGAUUGAAGAAAAGUCUAAUGGUUCAAAGGAAUUGCUGAAAAUGAUGGGUAUGACAGACUUUACUUAUUGGGCAAGCACAUUUAUGAACUACUUCAUAAUCGGUUUUCUCACCAUGUUGGUUAUCACAAUAGUUUACAAAGUUCCUUUGAAGAACUCUGUAGUAUUUUUAAGGUUUAUAGACUUUACGGUCCUGCUCACCAUUUUCUCUCUUUACAUGGCCAGUCUUAUUCUGUUUUGUAUGCUGUUUAGUAUAUUUUUCAACAAAACUGUAUUUGCUGUUAUUGCUUUGUUGCUGGUCUACAUACUCUCUUUUACUCUCCUGAUGAUAAAUCUAUUUAUGUUGGAGAGUGAAUUAAAUUAUUUUCCUUUAUCUGUGUUCAGUAAGUUAGCCAUCUGCCUUUUCCCAUCGGGUGCUUUGCUUUCAUCCUUUUAUAUCAUAACUUUCUACGAAUCCAGUGGGGAAGGAGUGCAGUGGUACAAUAUAACUGAAUUCUCUCUAGUGCCAGAUAUAAACAUACUGAUGAUCUUAGGAGCAAUGCUAUUCUCUUGUGUUCUUUAUAUUAUUGCUAUUUGGUAUUUUGAUGCUGUAUGGCCUUGGCAGCCUGGCGUGCCUAAGCCAUUUUAUUUCUUCUUAACGAGAAAUUAUUGGUUUGGUAGCGAACCCAGCAUAGGAGAAGAGAUGAAACUAGUGAAGAAUGAAAACAGCUCUGAAUUUUUUGAAGAGGAACCAAGUGGUGUCUCACCAGGUGUAGUCAUAAGGAAUUUAUUUAAGGAGUUUCGUAUAGGUUUUAGAACCAAAUUAGCAGUGAAUGAUUUGUCUUUAAAUAUAUAUCAAGGACAAAUUACUGCCCUUCUUGGACAUAAUGGAGCUGGCAAAACAACUACCAUUAAUAUUCUUACAGGCUUGUAUGAACCAACAACUGGAACAGCUACAAUAAAUGGUAUGGAUAUAUUGACAGAAACAACACGAGCCCGCAGAGGUGUUGGUGUCUGCCCUCAGCACAAUGUUUUAUAUGAUACUCUUACAGUUGAGGAACAUUUGAGAAUUUAUGCUGCAAUGAAAGGAGUACCAUGGAGGAGUCUCAAUUCUGAAACAACUGACGUUUUGAAUAUGUUGAAAUUGAUUGGCAAAAGAACUGAGCUAGUGAGAAAUUUAUCUGGUGGAAUGAAAAGGAAAUUAAGUCUUGGGAUUGCUAUUAUUGGUGGCUCAAAGGUAUUAUUUUUGGAUGAGCCAACUUCUGGUAUGGAUGUUGAAGCUAGACGAAAUGUAUGGGAUGCAUUAUUGGAAAUCAGACACAACCGUACUAUAAUUUUGACUACCCAUUACAUGGAGGAAGCAGAUGUUUUAGGCGAUCGAAUAGCCAUCAUGGCAGAAGGAGAAAUUCAGUGCUGUGGAUCGCCCAUGUUUCUUAAACAGAAAUUUGGUACUGGAUAUCAUCUACAUGUUGUGAAAGAUACCAAUUUUGAUUUGAAUGCUUUGAUAUCUCUUAUUAAGAAAUAUAUUCCUGAAGUUACUCUAGGAAAUGAACUUGAGAAAGAUAUUUCAGUUAAUCUGUCAACAAAUACCAUUAGUGGGUUUGGAGACAUGUUUGAAGAACUUGAAAACAGAAAGAUUGAACUUGGUGUUAUUUCUUUUGGAGUAACUAUAACUACUAUGGAAGAUGUUUUCCUGAAUGUUUCAAAUAUUUCUGAUACAAAGUAUAAACUUCAUUCUGAGAGUGAAAAAGAAAAUGGUGUUCAUAUUGAAGUUGAAGAUGUCUUUGGUGACUCACCUGGUAUAAAACCACAUCCUAAGCUGAUUAAUCAAUUCAUUGGUCUGUUAUUAAAGCGUUUCCACUAUGCUAAACGACACUGGAGCAUUCUUGUUGCCCAGUUAGCUAUCCCUCUUGUUCUCAUGUGCCUCUGUCUUUAUAUCAUUAAAUUCGAUAGUCAGCAGUACAGGUUUGAAACAGAUGCUCUGAAACUUGAUAUUUAUUCUGUAUAUGGUGCAACAGAUGGAUUUUAUUAUGUUGAAAACCCAGAACUCUCUAGAUUAGCUGAGACAUUAAAGAAAGUAUAUGAAGCAAAUCAGAUCAGCGUGGAGAAAGUUCCUGAACCAACACAUUAUGUUUUGGAUUAUGGCAAAAAUGAUAUAUCUAAGUACUUAAAGAGUUUCCUUGUAGGAGGAGCAAUAGAUCAGUAUUCAAAUGGAACUUUGAACUUAACUGCUUGGUUUAAUGGAGAACCCUAUCAUGCUUUACCAAUGUCACUUGUUUUAAUGCAUACUGCAUUACUAAGGAAUUUAACAAGCUCUGGGAGUAUAUCUUUAACAAAUGCACCGUUUCCAGAGUUACGUUUAUUUAUAGUUCAAGGGAGAGAUGUAACAAUCAGAAUUUUGGCCAUUGUCUUUGUUCCACUAGCAUUUGGUUUUCUUUCUGCUAGUUUUACUUUGUUGCCAAUUCACGAGAGAGAUACGAAGGCGAAAUUGUUGCAGAUUAUGAGUGGAAUUCCAGCUGCUAUAUACUGGAUUGCUAUGUUUUUCUGGGACUUUCUGGUCCAUUUUAUCGUUUGCAUUUUGAUGAUAAUACCGUAUGCCAUUUUUGUCCACUAUGCAUUCUUUGGAACACAUUCAGGUGCUAUUGGUACAUCUUUGCUAUUGAUGCUGUUAUAUGGUUGGUCUUCAAUACCUUUCAGCUAUUUAAUAUCAUUUUUGUUUAAAAAGGGAAGUACUGGAUUCUCUGCUGUUGUAGGGAUAUGUGCACUUAUUGGUGUUGGGUGUGCUUCAAUUUUAAAAACUAUACAGGUAAUGGCCAAAUUCAGUCCCAUGAAGUCAGUAGAUCAGGCUGUUUGGAUUUUUCGACUUUUUCCAACUUUCAGUCUUGCUUCUGGAAUGUCAAGUCUGUAUGGUGUUGCAUUUUAUAAUGCAUUUUGUGAAAGUGUGCCUCCAUAUGAUCUGGAGUUCCAUUGCAAUUCCCCUACAAUGGAUAUUUCAAAUCCUUUAUUUAAAUGUUGUAAAGAUAUUUGUGGAAAUAACUGUCAUGAGAUCACUAAUCCGAUACAAUGGGACAAAAAUUCUACUGGACCAGAUAUAUUGUUCCUUUUCAUUGAUGGUCUAAUUUAUUUUGGUCUUAUACUUUUUGUGGAAACCAAGGCCAUGGUUUGUCUUAUUCAAAUGGCAAAAUACCAUUUUCAGAAAAUACGUAAAUCUGUGGUAGGACAGAUUAUACAAGAAAAUAUAAUUGAAGAUUCUGAUGUUCUAGAAGAAGAGGAGAGGAUUCGAAAUUUAUUGGAAACUCAUCCAGGUUCAGGUGGAGAAGCAUUAGUAGUAUCUGAUUUGACCAAAGUGUUUCAGAAUUUUUAUGCUGUAAAUCACUUGACAUUUGGUAUUCAUCAAGAAGAAUGUUUUGGCCUUCUUGGAGUGAAUGGAGCAGGCAAAACAACAACAUUUAGAAUGCUGACUGGUGACUGUUAUCCAACAGAAGGAAAUGCCUUAAUGCAAAAUUGUUCAUUGAAUGCAAACUUGAAAAAGUUUCAAUCCUAUCUUGGUUAUUGUCCACAAUUUGACGCAUUGAUUGAUCGCUUAACUGGUCGAGAAAUGUUGAUGCUUUUUGGUCGAUUGAGAGGAUUAAUUGGAUCUGAUUUGUAUGAGAAAGUGGAAAAACUGAUUAAAAUGACCGAUUUGACAAAACAUGCUGAUAAACAGACACAAUUUUACAGUGGAGGAAAUAAAAGGAAGUUGUCUGUUGCAAUUGCACUCAUUGGCUCUCCGCCUUUAAUUUUAUUGGAUGAACCUACUGCCGGUGUUGAUCCUGUGUCCCGCAGAAAGAUUUGGAACAUUCUCUCUCAAGCUCGAAAUAAUACUGGAGCUGCAGUUUUACUUACUACUCACAGCAUGGAAGAAAGCGAAGCCUUGUGCAAUCGACUAGCUAUCAUGGUAAAUGGACGUUUCCGAUGUCUUGGUUCCAUUCAACAACUUAAGACAAAAUAUGGUCAAGGCUAUACAGUAAUAAUUAAGCUGAAAAGAGAAGACCAAAAUGAUUUUAAAAAUAUGAAUGCCAUUAAAGCUCAUGUUCAAGGCAACUUAAAUGGAGCUGAUUUGAAAGAUGAUCAUCAGGGUAUGCUUCAGUAUCAUGUUGUAGAUCCAUCAGUUACUUUGAGUUAUCUCUUCAAAUUUAUGUCAAAUAUGAAAACUGAAUUUGACUUGGAAGAUUACUUGAUAAGUGAUACUUCACUGGAACAGAUAUUCUUAACUUUUGCACGGGCACAAAGAAUCUCAUAUUAAAAUACUAUAAUAGAGUUAUUAUAGUAAAUUCUUUUUUUAUUUUUUUUCAAAGAAAACUACAGAUUUGAUUUUGGCUUGCUAUUUACUUUCUUUAAUAUGCAUGUUUGUUUUGAAGCAACAAUAUUUUGUUAUUGUCUGUAUUCUGUGUUAUUAUAUAUUUAUUUGUAUACAUUUUUAUUCAUUUACGAUUUAUAUUGCAAUUGCAUUUUUGGAUGGUGUUCACAUAUAUUAACCCUUUGCACUCGGAUGGUGACUCUCACUCACCGUUCAAGAUGGUGCAUCAUUUUGAUGUUUUAUUUAUUUAUUUAAUUUUUAUUGUUAAAAAUACCUGCAGAGUAGUAAGAAAAUGCAGAUUGGUUAAACGAGAGAAUUCAAUUUAAAACAAUGAUAUAUAUUUAUUUUUCAGAGCAAUAAACAAGUCUUUGUGUUAGGUAAAAAAUUAUGCAUAGAAUUACUUUUCCAAGUGCAAAGGGUUAAAUAAGUAUCAUAUUUUUAAUUAUGCUAGAAUUAAUCAGAAAUUUUUUAUUUUGAAUAUUCAGUUCAAGAAUCUUAUUUUUUUGUGAAUGUGUUAUUGUGUUGUUUUUAAUUUAAUUUUCUUUUAAAAUCAAAUCUAUUUAGUCAUUUUAAUCAUAAUUUAUUCUUGUAGAACCAUAAUUUUCUUUGCAUUUAUUUGUUUUUAUUACCUCACAUUUAUAAGCUUAAAAUUUGGAGAACUAGUUAUUAAAACAAGACAUAUUUUUUUUAUGCUGUACUUAUAAUCCAUUGCUUUUAAUAAAUCAUUGACACAGGUGUAUUGUGCGAUGACAGCAUGACAAACUUUAAAAUUUACUUAAAUACUUUUAAAGCUAUAUUUACAAAAUACAGAUUUUUAUAUUCUGAGGUUAUAGAUAACUACUAAAUGCUUAGAGCGAUUGUUUGACUGAUUUGGAAAGGUGCCAGUGUAUUGUUUUUUAAAUUGAAGUAACAAAUUUUUUUUACAUUUGAUAAUACAUAUAUUGAUUCUAAUUUUUUAUGUGACAAAUGGCGAUAAUUGCAAUGAAAUUCAGAGUAAUUUAUGAUGGAAAUUUAUUUUUCUUUGUGGGUAAAUUUUAAAUUGGAUUUUGAUUGAAAAAUACAUUUAACUUAAUAUUUAUAUUGAUGGUAGAAUGUUUCAAUACUUUUUUUAUUGUUUAACUAAUCCAAGCUUAUUUAUAUAACUAUUAAAUUUUGUUUCUAGAGGAAAAAAUCUAUUGUUCUUCUAAUUGUAAUAUGUUGUAAUUUCUUAAAAGUAUAAAAAAUAAAGGAAAUUAGAACUACAAUACAUUAAUUAAUUAAGCUUCGCUGUUGUCCUAUAUAGAUAUUUGUAUGAGCUAUCUGUGUGAGAUUGGAUUAUUGAUUGUUAAAUCAGAAGCUUACUAUUUGAUUUCUGCUUUAAUUAGUAAAUUUCUAUUUUAAGGUUUAUUUUAAUUUAAAUUGUUGAAUAAGGAUUUUUUUGUAUUAAUGAUAUUUAAUUGAUGCCAUCUUUUUAUUUUUUACAUGUAUAGUAAAUAUGAAAAUCAUGCUAUCAAUUUCAAUCAGCAUAAAUUUUUAUUAUCUCAUCCUUUCAUAAUUUAAUUAUGAAGCAUGCUAUAAGAGACAGGUUUAUUUAUGAAGAUUUAAUAAUUAUGGAGCAUUAGCAUUCUGUGAAUAACAUUUGCACAAAUUGAAUUUUAAAGAAGUUGAAGUUAUUAAGAGAAAUAUGAUGCUGUACAAAUGAUUUUAAAAAGUUAACUGUUUUUAUAAAUGCUGCUCUCUUUAGAUAUGACUUGUUAGUAAAGAACAAUGAAUGCUUUUUUCAUGAAAUAUAUUUUGAGCUACUCUAAAUGCUUUUUUGACUUGUUCCAAAAUUUUUAUAUUUAUUUUUCAGCUAUUAGUAUGAUUCCCACUCAAAAAAUAAUUACUGAUUUCAUUAUUAUACAUAAGUAGUUUAUAAUAUAACUAUACCAGUUACAGUAUCUGAAAAAUUACUCUAAUCAAAUUGUGCAGAUGUCUAUUAUAUGGAAGUAUGGAAUCUAAUCUCUUGUAAAUCUUUUCCAUGGCCUAAAUUAUUAAAAUAAUUAAAAAUAAUUAAAAUAAUUAUUAAAAUAAUUUACUAAAUAAACUCUUUAAAAAAGCCGUUGUCAUUACCAUUUAAAAUAAAAUAUAAAAUAAUUGCUAUAAGUAGCUAAGAAGACAUAUUUUAAAUAAAUUUAAAAGUAGUGAGUGCAUUUUUUUAUUAUAAUUACUUAGAGACAGCAUUAUUUACACAACAGUAUUAUGCAUAUAUGCAUAAUAUGAAUGAGCUUUUUUUUUAUGAAUUUAAUAAGGAAAUUUAGUGCAUCAGAAGUUUUUUGGUUAUUAGGUAGCUACUAAUAUUUUCUAAGGUUUAUUUUUUAAAUUCUUUUUUGAUAUUUUUGAUUAUUGAUAUUGUUUUAUUGAAUAUUAUGACUGCUUUAAAGAGAGGUGCUAUUUUUCAGUGAAUGAAUUGUUUCAUUGACACUUGAAUAGCAACAUCUUUGAGAUUAAAAGGUUAAACUGAGUAUAUAAUUAUGGUUUGUAUUUUAAAUGAUAAAUACAAUAGUGGAUGAGGAAAUUUGAAAAAAAAAAAAUUAAGUACUUUUAUGUGCCAGAUAUAACUAAAAAGCUUUAUUUAAACAAUUUUUUGUGAUGAAUGUUUUUACUCUAUUUUUGAUAUUUCUAUAUAGAAUUGGGUAAAGUUCAAGAUAGUUAUUUGCAUUUUGUGGGAUAAUGUAUCAUUCCAAUAUUUUUUCUUGCAUCAAAUUUAAAAUUUGUAUAUCGGAUAGAAAAGAUAGUUUUAAUAAUUGAUUGGUAUAUGUUUAUAUUCAACUGAGUCAAAUAUUUUUUUGGCCAGUAUACUGCUUAUGUGUAUUACUGUAUAUGUGUGUACUAAUGAAGUUAUACAAUUUACUUUAGAAUUUGAAAUCAACUUAUUCUUAUCUACUUUGAAUGUUAUUAAAAAUAUGUUAUACUUAAUGUUUCCUCAUAUUCAUUUUUAUUUAAAGUGGCAAUUUGAUUUUAAUAUGUAAGUUAGUUUUUAAAUAUGUACAAAGCGAUAUUUCUUUCUUUUGAUUUAGAGUAAGAAAGUUACAUUUUGCAAAUUAUAGUAAAUUGAAGAACUUAGGCUAGAAAUCAAUUCUUCUGUGAUGGUUUGUGACGUAGAAUAAAGAUAAAUAACAAUAUUAAAAUGUAGUAAAGCAUUAAAAAUAAAUUCAUUAUUAUUGACUGCUAAUUUAAAUAUAAUGUAGUUUUAUUUUAACAAAAUUUGAUAAAAGAUUUUAAUUUCAACUAGUUUAAAAGUGAAUUGUCAUUUUAAACCAUUUAUAUUAUUAUUCAGUUUUGUAGAGUAUAUUACUUUGAUUGCUUUUAGGACUUGAACUUGAAUUUUGAAAUUUUCUGUUAGUGCUUUUUUUAGUGAUUUAAUUUCACAUAUCUUUACUGUAAUCUUGUUGUACAUUAUGUGUGUAAUGUUGAAUCAGUAUCAGUCUUCUAUUAUUAUUGUUAAUAAUUAAUCUUUUUACCUUAUUUUUAUUACAUUAAAUUAUAAAGCAAUUUUAUUACUUUCAUUCCUUUAUUUUAUUCAUUUAAUGUAUUAGUACUGUUGUAAAAUUUGUAGUAAGUAAUAUUUUAUAAUUAACUUCAAAAGGUAAAUUUUUUUACUUUUUGAAUCUUCCUACAUGUAAAGAAAAUCUAUUAUGUAAUCAGAAACAAAGUAUUUCUGUUAUUCAUGUGCAAUUAAAUUUUUUCAUGAACUAUUGAUGCGAACUAUCAUUGUUUUUAAUUAAAAAUAAAAGAGUUUUGAGUGUUAAAAUAAAAGUGUUUUGAGAAUCUCUUUUUAAGUAAAAUGUUAACAUUUUUAGAGAUGAAAGUUGAGUGUUGGGAAUGAGUUUAAAUAUUUUUGCUGUUUCUAAUCAGAUUAAGUGCAACCUUGUUAUAUUAUAAUCUGAAUUUAGAAUAUUAAUUAUGCUGCUUAUUGAAAAUAGAUAUUAGAGUGGAAUCUUUGUUAAUUUGAAAAGAAAUAAUAUAUGUAAUUUAAUAUUAUGAUUAAUGAAAUGUAGUUCAAGUUGUGUUCUUAACAUGGAAAUUAGUAUGAAAUGUCGGAAUAACUACAGUAGUAUAUAUAUGAAUUAUUAUUUAAACAAUUGUAGUAAUAAUUUAAUAUAGUUUAGUUGUAUGCAUAACUUAUUUUUUCUUUUUGCAUAUAUGUAUUUCUGUAUCAAAUAGUUUUUUGAUGAGCAAAAAGAAAUCACAUUUUCACAUUUUUUAAUUUAUAUUAUUUAGUUGUUCUAUAUUUUAGUAAUUUUAAAUAUUCCUUUUAUUAUUUUGUAUACAAUAAGAGUUUAAAACAGUAUGCAAAACAUAAAACUUGCUUUGCAUUUUCUCUUUGUUGAUAGUCAGGCAAAUGUGUUGCUAAUGUGUUCUAUAUAAAGCAUUUCUUUUGAAACUUCAAACCAAAGAACCAUAUUGUUAUUUCUGAAUGUUAUUGUUUGUGUUGUUCACUCAGAGAUUUAGUCUUUAUAUUCACUUAAGUAGUCUAUUAUUUUGUAUAGUCAAAUAUCAUAUUGGCAUUUUUGAAAUUUCUUUCCUUGCAUGCGGUGUUAAUACGAUUAAUAUUUUAUAUUUAAGUUUUAAUUUUAGCAUAGUAACCUUACUGAUAGAACUUAAUUUUAUUAUAAUGUCUGUUAUUAAUGUUUGUAUGCUUUCUUAGUGUAUUUACAGCAAUUCUGCAAUUUAUCAAUAUUGUUCAUAGAUACCAUUGAAACCAUAUCUUUUAGUAUUUCAUCAGUUGUUUUUAUAAAGAAAAUUAUUUAAAUUUACUUUCAAAAUUCACGAUGUUGUAAAAUUAGAACUUUUUAAAAAUAAGAAUUUUAUUAUUUAAAAUAAUUUUGAAGUUAGAAUUUUUUAAGUAUUGUUAUUACUAUUCUUAUGAUACAUUAUUUAUUUCAAUUUAGAAGUUUAAUUUUGAAAUCAAAAAAAUUAUUCAGUGUAGUAAUAUAUAAGACAGAAAUAUGUGUUAUGGUUUAGGCAUUUUUUUGAGUGCAUUGUUUGUCAAAGUAUUUUUACAUUUCUCUAAAUGUGAUGAAUUUUUCAAACCACAGAUGAAUCUCAAAUUUGCUAACAAUACCUAUGUGAUCUGUGAUAUAUGUAUACACUAAUUUUGUCUUUUGUAUAAAUGUCUUUAUUUUGCUUAGAAUUCAAUAAAGAUUGU